AGGGUUAUAUCGGGGAUCGAAGAGGCGGAGCCAACGGAACGCAUGCGUAGUUGGAUAUUUUUGAUACUUAGCUGGACUUUCCCAUACGCUCCAAGCGUAGGCUCGGCCAGCAGUCUCGCGCGGAGUGUAUAGUCGAGUAAGCGACCGACUGGUGUGUGUGUUCCCAGCCUCUUUGCUUCCCUCGCUUCUGUUAGACCUCGCGUUGCCAGAGUCUAUCAGUCGUGUUCGUACGAGAAAUGGAUCUCGAGCAGCCAACAACGCAAUUGAAUCCCGACCCAGAUAAGAAAACUAAGGAGAUCAACAAUGUGACUGGUAAUCACAGUGAUACUUAUAUAAAUGGCAUGUCUAAUGGAUACGAUAGGAAAAAAGAACAUAAAUCAGAGCAUAAGGAUAAAGACAAGGAAAAGUCCCAUAAGUCUGAUCACAAAGACAAAGAAAGGAGUAAGGAAAAAGAUAAAAAUCACAAAAGUGAGCAUCGAGAGAAGGACAAGGACAAACAUAAACAUAGUUCCAGUUCUGUGAAAGACAAGGAUAAACAUGAUAGUAGUAAUAGCAGUAAAGACAAAGACAAAGAUAAAAAGAGCAGCUCGUCAUCAAGCAAGGAAAAAGAACAUAAAAGCAGCAGUUCCUCGAGUAAAGAUAAAGAAAAGGACAAGCACAAGGACAGGGAGCACCAUCACAAAUCUAGCUCUAGCUCUAGUUCGAAGGAUAAAGAAAGACACCAUAGUAGUUCUAAGGAUAAAGAGAGCUCCAGCAAAGAUAAAGACAAAAGCAAGGAUAGGGAUAAGAAUAAACACAAACACAGCUUAAGUUCAAGUUCUCGGGACAAGGAUAAAGACAAAAGUGUAUCCAAAGAUAAGGAAAAAGAGAAGAAACAUUCGUCGGAAAAGGACAAGGAAAGACACUCCACGUCUCAUUCAAAUGACAAAGAAAAGCAUCGCUCUUCUGACAAAGACAAGGACAAGGACAAGCAUAGUUUAUCGAGCAAGGAUAAACAUCGCCAUGAUAAAGAUAAAGACCGUCAUCGUCAUGACAAAGAGAAAUCUAAGCAUAAGGAAGAGAAAGAUAGAAAGGAUAAGGAAAAAGAAGAUAUUAAAAUGAACGAAGAGGUAGUAGAUGUGAAACCUAAUCAUGUACAAGCCUCAGAAUUUAAUUUCAUUGACAUACCUGUGAAGCAUGAAGUAAAGGAGGAACCUGUUUCACAAAUUGAACCAGAAGAUGACGAUGACAGUGGUGGUGAGCAACCAUUAUACAUUAAAGAAGAGGAGGAUGAAGAAGAACCUGCUAAUGAAGACGCCAGUAUGGAUUCAAGUGAUGGAAAUGACACAAGACUUUCAGAUCUCCAUAACACAACUAUUAAAACUGAAGAAGAAUCCGACGAGGAUAUGCCUUUAAGUACAAGAUCCAAACCAAAUACCACCAGUAAAAGAAGAAUAUAUUCAGAUGACGAAGAAGAGGAUGUUCCCCUUGUUGUGCGCAAAAAAUCUAAAAAAACUGAAACAAAAGCACAGAUUAAGAAACCAAAGUAUGAAGAUGAAGAAGAACAAGUUGAACAAAAGCCAAAAAAGAAACGUUCAAGAACAUCAAAGGGAGAUAACACAAGCCCACGGAAGAAAAAACAAGAAGAAGAACAGGAAGUUUGGAAAUGGUGGGAAGAAGAAAAGAAGAAUGAUGGAACAAAAUGGACAUUUUUGGAACAUAAAGGACCAGUAUUUGCACCUUCAUAUGAGCCUCUUCCUCCGAAUGUGAAGUUUUAUUACAAUGGUAAAGAAAUGAAAUUAUCUCAGGAUACAGAGGAAGUUGCCACUUUCUAUGCACGCAUGUUAGAUCAUGAUUAUACUACAAAGCCUGCCUUUAACAGCAACUUCUUUCAUGAUUGGCGAGAAGUAAUGACUGAAUCAGAAAGAUCUAAAAUAUCUGACUUAAAUAAGUGCAAUUUUAAGGAGAUGCAUACAUAUUUCCUUCAGAAAAGCGAAGAACGAAAAGCAAUGACAAAGGAUGAAAAGCAGAAAAUAAAAGAACAAAAUGAAGAAAUUCAGAAAGAAUAUGGUUUUUGUACUAUCGAUGGACACAAAGAAAAGAUAGGGAAUUUCAAAAUUGAACCUCCUGGUUUAUUCAGAGGCCGUGGUGAACAUCCUAAAAUGGGUAAACUGAAAAAGAGAGUUAUGCCUGAAGAUAUUCUUAUCAAUUGUUCCAAAGACUCGUGUAUACCAAAGCCACCAUCAGGCCACAAGUGGAAGGAAAUUCGGCACGAUCCUAAUGUUACGUGGCUCGCUUCGUGGACCGAAAAUGUUCAGGGCCAAGUGAAAUAUGUUAUGCUUAAUCCAUCGAGUAAACUUAAAGGAGAGAAAGAUUGGCAAAAGUAUGAGACUGCUAGAAAAUUGGCACAAUCUAUAGAUAAAAUUCGUGCUGAAUAUAGGGAAGAUUGGAAGAGCAAGGAAAUGCGUAUAAGACAGAGAGCUGUCGCUUUGUACUUUAUAGAUAAAUUAGCUCUCAGAGCGGGUAAUGAAAAGGAUGAAGAUCAAGCAGACACCGUAGGUUGUUGUUCUCUGCGUGUGGAACAUAUUACAUUGCAUGAACAAAAAGAUGGAAAAGAGUAUGUAGUCGUAUUUGAUUUCUUAGGUAAAGAUUCCAUAAGAUAUUACAAUGAAGUGCCAGUAGAGAAACGGGUGUUUAAGAAUUUACAACUAUUUAUGGAAAAUAAGUCUCCUGGUGAUGAUCUGUUUGAUCGUCUCAAUACAACUGUCAUGAAUAAACACUUGAAUGAGCUGAUGGAAGGUCUUACUGCUAAAGUAUUCAGAACGUAUAACGCGUCAUGGACGCUACAACAACAAUUAGACAAACUGACAAAUCCUGAUGAUACAAUAGCAGAAAAGAUUUUAUCGUAUAACAGGGCAAAUCGAGCAGUUGCAAUCCUGUGUAAUCAUCAACGUUCAGUGCCUAAAACACAUGCAAAAUCUAUGGAAAAUCUUAAAGCAAAAAUAGAAGCUAAGAAGGAAGCUAUAACUGAUGCAGAGCUUGCAGUGAAGGAUGCUAAACGUGAAGCGAAGCACGGAUCAGUUAAAGAGAAAGUUGUAUAUGAGAAGAAGAAGAAAACUCUGGACAGAUUAAGAGAACAAUUAACAAAGUUGGAGGUGCAAGCAACAGAUAAAGAGGAAAAUAAAGAAAUUGCAUUAGGCACCUCCAAAUUGAAUUAUCUUGACCCUAGGAUUAGUGUUGCAUGGUGCAAGAAAAAUGAUGUCCCUAUCGAUAAAAUUUACAACAAGACUCAAAGGGAUAAGUUCAGAUGGGCAAUAGACAUGGCGGGACCGGACUACGUCUUUUAACCCCAUGAAGAAUCGGUUACUCUACAAGAAAAUAAUUCCCACUGAUUGUAUUUAGUGAAUUUUUCGUUUUACUAAUCGGGAGAAAAAUAAUGGUAUAAUUUUCUAUAUUUACAAGAUGAUAAAGGCGAGAGUACGGGGACAUAUUUUAUAUAGGACACUGCGUUAAAAAUUUCGGUAAAGACAUAAUAAUAGAUGUGUAAUAACAACACAUACUCGUAGUGCUAGAGCUGAUCGCUUAGCAAUCAUUACAUUAAUAAAUUUUUAGCAGUUGCAUUCGCAUAUAGGCGUUGUUUCAACUGGUCUUAUAAAUAUUGAACACGAAGAUUUAAUAGUUUCACGCAACUUUAACUCGUUUAGAUAGAAAUUUCUCAUAUGUAUGAAUUACAAGGAAUGAAAAAUGUGAAAACAAGAUUCGCGUAAGUGAUCUAAAUUUAGAGGACAUAUGCUUCGGUUAUUUCAAUAGUACAAGAAUUUCACGACCUCUAAAUUUAGAAGUAUACACGAAUGCAUGGGCUGCUGCAUUGUAAAUAGAAUUUAUUAUUCAUAAAAACUUUGCCAGCCGGUGAAGGAAGGAGAAGUAUGUGCGUGUAUUAGAUUCGUAAAAAAAUUAACACGUCUGCCAAACGAGUAGGUAAUUUUAUAUUCGUUUAA